CGAUGAGCAUUGAGCUCAGUCACUCGACCGGCUGUGUUGCGGGCGCACGUGUGACGUCAUCACUGUCUUCGUACAUCGACGAACGUUUUCAAAAACUGUUGUGUUCACGUGUACUCUCAAAGGGAUUGAUAUCAAACUGGAUUUUGUGCUCCUUCCAUCCGUAAUAUGUGCAAAAUGUGAUGUGGUCAACGUCUAUGUGUAACGUUGCAAAGUGAACUAAUGUGCUUGAGAAUUGGAAACUAUUCGGGGGCUUAGCUCGUAAUCCGAAUACCUACUUGCUUUAAGAUAUUAUAGCGGGAAUGAUUACGCUGUUUCUGAAAAUAUAUCCUUCCUGAUCCCCAUAUUUUUUAUUCGGAAAUGAUCCAACAACAAACCCGACGGAUAUGUGAGGAGCCGGCAGGCAUCGUGAACAACGGCGGCCGACACAUGUCAAUGGAAAUUCUGAAGCAGCCCAAUCACAAAAUGGAGUUCAGAAUAUUUACGAUGUCCCCGGCUAGCUUCGUCCGGCGGGUCGCCGCGCUCACGCCGACCAACGCUCUCAUUGUCCUGAUGAUAUCCCUGCUGUGCCAGACGAGCGUCGCGGCUCUCGCCAACUGCCCCGGAGGCUGCAGUUGCAACGACGACACCCUGGUCGUGGUGUGCGAGGAGAGCCGGCUGGACGUGCUGCCCAUCGCCCUCAACCCCUCCAUCCAACGACUCAUCAUACGCAACAAUAAAAUCAAAACCAUCGACAGCUCGAUGCAAUUCUACGCUGAACUCCAACACUUGGACCUCUCGCAGAACCAUCUCGUCAAUAUUCCCAGCAAGAGCUUCGCUUUCCAAAGAAAACUACAGGAGUUGCACCUAAAUCACAAUAAACUAUCCUCCGUGAUUAACACUACGUUCCAAGGACUGAAUUCCCUGACUGUUCUCAAUUUGAAGCGCAACUUUCUCGAGGAGCUCACGAAUGGAGUUUUCUCGACGUUACCGAGAUUGGAGGAAUUGAAUUUAGGGCAGAACCGAAUAUCGAAAAUAGAUCCAAGAGCGUUCGCCGGCCUGUCUGCACUUAGAAUAUUAUAUCUAGACGAUAACCAACUGAGUGCCGUGCCGACGGCCUCCUUUAGUCUCCUGGGUAGCUUGGCCGAGCUGCAUAUCGGCUUGAACGCAUUCUCUAAUCUGCCCGAUGACGCUUUCGCUGGACUGAACAGACUAACAGUUUUAGAUUUGAAUGGAGCCGGUCUCUCUAAUAUUAGCGAAAACGCAUUCAGAGGUCUGCCCGGUUUGAGAAGCCUCAACCUCUUUGGAAAUAGAUUGACUACCGUACCGACCCAGCAACUCGCGGGAUUGACGAGAUUAGAAGAGCUGUACAUAGGACAAAACGAUUUCAUCGUGCUCGAAAGUCACUCUUUCAAAGGCUUGAAGAAUCUUAAGCUCUUGGACAUAACUGGCGCUACACAACUAGAACGAGUGGAGAAGGGUGCUUUAGAGGAUAAUAUAAACUUAGAAACUGUUUUGUUCAAUAACAACAAAAAGUUAGCUAUCAUUGAAGAUAGUACUUUUUUAGGCUUACCCAAGCUGCGCCACGUUUCACUGAGGGAUGAUGCUAUCAUUACUCUUAGUGAAACUGUCUUUAUUGGGAAAGAAUUGCGGCAGCUUGAACUGACAGAUAACCCAAUAUUUUGUGACUGCCAACUUCUGUGGCUUCAACAGCUUCUUAACGACAAAUCUAAUUUCACCCAAAUCCAGUGCGCCAACCCAGAACACUUAAAGGAUAAAUACUUAAGAUCUCUAACCGCCGACGACCUGGGAUGCAUCCUCCACGACACGAGGCAGCAAACCAUCAUCUGCAUCGUCGUCGUCGCCUGCGUAGCUGUGAUCGCUACCCUAGUUCUAAUACUCUACAGAUACAGAAAGAGUAUGCAAGAGAAACUCAAAGACUACAAAUGGAACAAGGGGCGUAAAAAUCUCGAAUAUCAUAAGCCCAUCUCGACGGAGGAGGACUGCAUACUAGAGCUUUACGCCUCCCCGAGCGUGUUCUUCAUGUCAGGCGGCCAGGGCUCCGCACGACGGCCGCAGCGCUCGGGAGGCGGCGGCACCAUGCCCGCUAACGGUUUCACGUACAUCGGCAGCGACGGCCGCCACCAGCACCAGCCCCUCACCCUCAACAACGGAGCGCCCGCUCACCACCUCAACAACGGCUCGCUGCGGUCUUUGCCGGACAAGAAGAACAACCGCAACGGGAUCGUCUGCCACCCUGAAAAUUUUCAGCGCAACCUGGACACCCGAUACUCGCGGAAGCAGGAGAACGGCUACAUCAGAAACUCGGAGACGGUGAUAGGCUUCCCCCGCGACCGGGACAGGGAGAGGCAGUACGAGUGCGACGUGCCGGACUACAGUGAGCCCGAGUACUCCAUAAUCCAGGAGAGCGACUACGGCCGGGCGGGCGACUACCCCCGCUCGUGCACCCACUCCAAUACGUUCAACUGUUGAGUACUGAACUCUUUCGACCGUUUGUGAUCUUGUAACUCUAGCAAUAAAUCUUCAUUCCAUUUUUUUCUAUGGAUCGCCGAGUGACGGGACGUACUUAGUGCUUCCGGCCGUCGGCACUCGGCGUGGAUGCGGCGGACGCCAGACCGGUGUGUACUAUCCUUAGAUAUCGAUUCGAUUUAAGAGAGUACCUUAUUUGUAAAUUAUAAAUAUAAUUAGUUACGGAACUAUUUUAGUUGUGUAGUGGGGCGAUCGAAAGUGUGACUUUCGUUUACUACGUAUCGUAUCAUCAUACGACAUCGAUUUGCAGCUAGAAUAUAAAACAAAAUACGACUUUUCGUGUUCCUACUUUAUCAUUCGGUAAAUCAAGUGAAAUACUAUAUCAUGAUGAUACGUACGUAUAUUUCAUACAAUGUACAGGCUAGUCGAGAUAAGUUAAACGGGUGGCUGCGAGUCGGCCCCCUUAAUAUUGUAAGCCUUGUGAUUCGUUAUAUUAUAUUAUCUCCGCCUUUUGGCGGAAUUUGUGUUUGAUUUUGUACAAAUAUCAUUCCAUAAACUUUUUAAAUCUUAUUUUAUUUAUGAAUCAUUAAAGUAAGUACGUUGAUAAGACACCAAUAUAUUGAAAAAUAUUAGGAGUAAAAUGUAAAUAUAUUUAUACUAUAUUGAGAUAUUUAUAAAAUUUAAUAUUCUCGCUCCUCUAAAUCGUAAUUAUUUUAAGUCCUGUGAUGCUAUCGUUUGCUGUCGACUGAUAUCUACUGUUGUCAACUGUCGAUCUCCUGUAGCUGCAGCGAGUCAACAAUCGUAUCGUGUAGGUACUCGAGCACCUCUAAUCGAUCAUGCACCCUCUUUUUAAAAUAUAAUGUAAAGCUCAAUUUUGUAUCACGUCGCUUCGUUUAGUUAGUCGUCUAGCCAAAUUGUGAAGAAUUAGUUUUACUUUGUGUGCGACCGUUUUAAAUAUUUCUUAGCAUGUCACAGCGAUAUGAGUUCAUUGGCAAUAAAGCAAUAUAAAAUGUGAUUAAAAUAUAACUAUUUCAUAUAUGACAUAUAUUUUUGGCAAACAAAAUUAUUAGACUUAGGUACUUACCUAUAGUGGCUGUUGCCGCUUUGGGUUGUCUUAUCUAGUAGGUACCUAAUGUUAUAAAUGGAGAAAUCUAUAACCUCCUUAUCAUCAUACUGAGCAGUAGUACCUGUUUAGUCUAUCGUCCGGUCUUUUGACUACAUUUGGACGCUGUUAAGCUUUGUGUAACAUCCCACAAAAAAUUACGUACGGUAUUGAAUUAUAAAUUCAGUCAUGUUCUUUAGAUAAUAUUUUAGAAUAAGACUGCAUUCAUAACUCAAUAAAACAAAAUUGUGAACACAAAUGCUUAACAGCGUCCAUUUAAUUGUCGAAUAUUAGAACACCUAAAUCGUUCCAUAUCAAAACCAUCCCGUUUUUAAAUUUAAUCUACAAUUUAGAGAUAUAAUAACAUCAGACAUUUUUAAUUCAUUUUUACCAAAUUUCGUCGGCUAAGUGCACGACCGCGCUUAAGCGCUGGCGCGCAAGCCAGAAUAUUUAAAAUUCAGAAGAGAUAAAUUCAGAAAUACUUCAAAAUAAAACAAAAAACCGUUAAUGUAUAACUGGUGGGUUACGGGUAUCAAGCGAGGCCUGUGGAAGCUUUAAAUGGUUGGAUUUUAAUUUACCUUAUUUUAAAGUUCAUGAAAAAAUAAAACCAUAUAUUUUACUUACAUGGGCCUUAUGCUGUUUAAUAAUCUUAAUUUACUAAGUACAUUUGCUGUUAUAAAUUUAUAAUGAAGUAUAAGUUCUUUAUUAAUUAUACACCAACCAAAUGCCGCAUACCUAUUAGUAUUUCCUUAGUUGCUAUUCCUCUACUAAUAUAAUAUUGUGAUAGAGGAAUAGCGACUAAAGAAAUACUAUGUUUUUUUUACCAAUUAUGUUAAUAACACGUGAUACUCUAUUAUACUAACGACCGUACAAAUUAUUAUACCUAUAUUGGAAGGUACGAUGUGCAUAUUAUUUAUUAUUCAUUGCUCACCAAAUAAAAUUACAUUUUAUCUAUGUUUAUUUCUGUUUCAAUGGUUGGUGUUACAUAAUCAAAAUGAUCAGCUAGGUACUACAAACAAUAAUAAUUAUUCUAAAUUCGACAUACGCGGCAACUAUUCUAACUUUAGUCUUUACUUGGAUUCUGGUUUUCUUUUGUAAAUAUUAUGGAGAAUGUUAAGACUAAAGCGAUUAAGAGGGCACUGUCCCGCUGAAUGUAAAAUGCCUAAUGAAGCAUACAAUCGAAUACAUAUUAUGAUAAAAUUGUGAGUAGUUCACGUUAUAAUAGAUCAUUGGUCAUUUCUGUACUUUAUAGUAGUAACCUACAUACAAACUCGAUAAAUAAAACAUACCUCAAACGUUG